AUGGGUGUCGGUCGGGUUAUUUGCGUGGCCCUGCCAUUCAUUCUCACUGUCGGUUCCCUCAUCUUUCUCUUGGUGGCCGCGCUCGGUGGCGUCUCCAACAAGGACCUGUACAUGUUCCGCGUCAACCUCACCGACUUGGAAAUCAACCCUGCGUCGGUAUCAAGUAUAGUAUCGAGAGACGUCAACGCCGUCAGCUUCGGCAACUACCACGACCGCGCUCUGCUCACCGCCGACGGUGACAACGCCAUCACCAAGGCUGCCACUGAUGGGACGCAGACGAGCAACAUCACGGCCGCCGACCUCGGUCUCGACAAUCUCUACGACAUUACUCUCUGGGGCUACUGCACCACCGAUUCCAACGGCGAUAAGACUUGCACCAAGGCCAAGUUCGAUUGGGCUGCCGACUACCUCAACACGUCAACCCUCGAGACCAUCGGUACCGCCGCGGGCCGCAAGAUUGAGCUCCCCGAUGAGGUGACGACUGCCCUCUCGGCCUUCAAGACGGCCACCAAAUGGACCCAGGUUGCCUACAUCAUCGCAUUCAUCGCCUUGGGUCUCGAGAUCGUCUUUGGCAUCUUUGCCAACUGCACCCGAGUCAUGUCGUGCGUCACCUUCCUCGUCGCCUCGGUCGCUUCCCUCGCCGUCUGCGCCUCGGCCGCUCUAUCGACCGCCAUGUCCGUCAUCGUCGUCGGCGCCGUCGAGGGCAGUGCGAAGUUCUAUGGUGUUUCGGCCGGCUUCAACAACAGCUUCCUCGCCCUCGUCUGGAUCUCGGCCGCUCUGGCCCUCGGCGCCGGCUUCUUCUGGAUGUUCACCAUCUGUUGCUGCGCCCCGAACCACACCAAGAAGGCCAAGCGCAACAGCGACGGCGAGAAGCUCUUGCCCCAGACUGGCACCUACCAGCCUAUUCAGGAGGAGAACGGCUACUACAAGCAGCAGCAGGCCACGCAGUACGGUGCCCCCCGCUACGCCAGCGGCGCCCGUGGUGACAUGGCCUACGAGCCUUACUCCCACCGUUCCUAA